AAUAAAUAAAUAAAAAUGAGUGAACCGGACCAUGGAGCAUUCUUUAACACUCGCAGGAAUAGUGAUGUAGAAAAUCUGGUGAUUCCUGUAAGAGAUGGCUCUUUCAGCUCUAAGUAUAAACCUGUUGACUACAAACAUCUAUAUGAACUUGCUGCAGUAGAAAAAAUGGCAUCUGAAAAAAUUCAAAUAAAGAUUAAAAAAACAGAGCAAUUUUCAAAAAAUAACAAAGAGCAAAUGCUGCUGAAACAGCAUCGGCAAGUGUGGUGGCAGGAGCAUAAAAGACUGAGUGAGAACAGGGAAAAAGCAGAAGCAGAAAUAAAGGCUUUUCUUGAUGAAGAAAGCCAUAAGCACAAAUUUUUUCUGGAUAUGAAGGACUUGGAGCAUAAAUUAUCAGAGGAGCGGGAUACAUACCAAGCAAAUACUAUAGCUCCUAUCUGGCAACUAAAAGAGAAUUUGAAACUAUGGCUGAAUGAAAUGCAGUGUUACCUCUCAGAAGAAUCUUGUCUGAAAUCGGAGAUCAAUCCAGUUGAGAUGUUACAACAGAUCAAAUUUGUGAAAAAGCAACAGAAAGCAAUUUUGGAAUUCCUUAUCCUUGAAAGUUUGGCUUUGCAAAGAGAGGCGGAACACUAUAAAACAAAAGCAUUAGCACAUUCUUUUGAAGAGAAAAAUGGACUUUUCCUUGAAGUUCCUUCAGCACUACUGUCUUUGGAAUGCCCCUACCCUGAUUUGAAAACCUUCCUUAUCAAUGAAUGCCGAAAGCUUGCAAGCAGGUACUGGUCUAAGCUUCAGGAGAUUGAUCAAGAGCUAGAAGUUUUAUGUAGCGACACUGAAUGGAAUGAAGAAGAUCAGUGGAUUUUCCAGGCUGUUAUCAAUCAGUAUCCAAGUGAUCUUCAGAAGAGGACGAAAUUGUGCCUCGAUGUGCUGCAGAGAUACCUUCCUCACAAACCUAGGCAUGAUCUGGUUGUUCAUAAGAAAGCUUGGGAUCAUUACCAUUUGAUUAGGAGUCGGCGCAGAGCCUUGAUAUUAGAUUGGGCUCAAACUAGGAAAGCCUUUUUACUUAAGGCAGUGACAACUGCUGCUGAAGCCUCAGCUGCUCAUGAGAUGGAAGUAGUGCUGGCUAACACCAGACAAAAGCAACUGGAGAUUUGUGCUGACCUGAAAGCAAAGGUUCUACAGUGGAAAGCACAGCAGGAAGAGGCUGCUAAACUAGAAGCUGCUGUAGCUGCUAGAAGAAAGGAAAAGAAAGAUGAGAAAGAAAGGCUACAGAAAGAACAGGAAAUUAUUCGUAGAGCUCAGGAGAAAGAGAAAGUGAAAAAGUACUGGGCUGAGAAGCAGCUCAAGUGGCAAAAACAGGAAGAGAAAAAUCUACAACAUCUAGAGGAAUUAAGAAAAUUAAUGUCUGAACAAGCAGUUAAAGACAGAGAAAGGGUAAAGUUUAGACGAGCAUUACUAGAAAACCGGUUGCUGGAGAAAAAGGAACUAGCCCUUCAAGCAGCACAUGAAGAAGAGGAAAAAAAGAAAUGCCUUGCACUGCUACGACAACAGGUUGCUGUUAUUGCAAAACCAGAUCCAGCCAGAGCAGUGGCUGAUACAGUGGCGUCUAAAGCUCGAAUGGGCAUCGGAACCAAAGAAGAGUUUGAUAUUCAGAAGCCACUGUUUCAGUUGCAUACAUACAAUGAACAGCAGAUCACUUCUGACCCUAGACUUCGUGUUGAGCUAGCUCUUCGAGAAGCUGGUCUUCAUAAAACGCUUUAUGCAAAAGAGAUUUUACCAAAAAUUCCUCCACUGAAGCUUCCAAGAAGAGACAUGGAAUCUACAGCUUUUAAACUGUGAGCAGCUCUCGUAUCAAAAGUAGAGAAACUUCAGGGGUAUUGUCUGGCCUAUAAUGUGAAAACUUUAAAUAAAUUUUCCUUAGCCUGUGCCAUAGAA